AGAAAAGGAAAAAAAAUCCCUUGUUUUUAAUCUUACAUGCCUAGUUAUUCCAAGUACUCUUGUUGGGUCACAAAAGUCCCAUAUUUUAUCUUCUUAGUGCUCUUGCUAUUUUUGGAAUAUUUCUUUUCUUCUCUUCAAAGGCUCUCUCUGGUUUCUUAGCACAUUUGUUGUUUAUUUGGUAAUCAAAGAGAGAUGGUGAGAGGGAAAACCCAGAUGAGGCGCAUAGAGAAUGCGACAAGCAGACAAGUCACCUUCUCUAAGAGAAGAAAUGGGCUUUUGAAGAAGGCAUUUGAGCUUUCUGUUCUUUGUGAUGCUGAAGUUGCUGUCAUUGUCUUCUCCCCAAGAGGGAAGCUUUAUGAAUUUGCAAGUGCCAGAAUGCAGGAGACCCUAGAACGUUAUCGAAGGCAUAAAAAAGAUACACAUACAAACAUGCCAACUGAGCAAAACAUGCAGAAUUUGAAGGAUGAAGCGGAAUGCAUGGCGAAGAAGAUAGAAUUUCUGGAACUGUCAAAGCGGAAGCUUUUGGGUGAAGGCUUGGCACAAUGUAACAUGGAAGAACUACAACAGAUAGAAAAGCAGUUGGAGAAGAGUGUAAGCAGCAUUAGAGCAAGAAAGCAUCAGGUUUUCAUAGAAGAGAUUGAGAAGCUAAAAGAGAAGGAGAAAAUCUUAGCUGCCGAAAAUGCCCGGCUAAGUAUGGAGUGUGGUCUGCAACCCUGGGAAAGAUUGAAAGAGCAGAAGGAAAAUGAAGUCUACAAAGAAAGUAAUAGUCCUAGUUCAGACGUUGAGACUGAAUUGUUUAUUGGACCUCCAGAAGGGAGAAGAAAGCAGUUGCUACCGCAAAACUGAGAGGUAACAUUCAGGCCUUCUUAUGUGCCUGCUGUUUCUAAGUUGCAGCAUCACAUGGUUGCUCUCUAUUUAUGACAACUUGAAGAAACAAUCAUUCAGUGAGCGAACAGUGACUCUAUUUUUCUGUUUGUUGACUAUUACCUCCAAUAAAUAUUAUGCUUGAAUGUUGUAUCUAUUGUAUAUCACAUGUCAAUGAAAAUUUUCAGUGUUGUUAUGUCAAA